UCAAACGUAGCUCUGACAGCAUAACAAACAUCAAAUUUCGCAGAUUGUCAUUUUUGACAGCCGAGAAGUUCUGGAAAAAAAUGCUGCAAAAGCCGUGAUAAGUUUACAAAUUUUAUGGAAAUAUUGUGCAAGAAAUACUUGUUUUGUGCUAAAAAUGAAUGACACCGAGGCUAAAGAAGAGAAACCUCCCUCCACAACAACAAGUUCGGCGACAACUACGGCGGAAAUGUUCCCGCUGAACAUCAAGAUCAAACAGGAGAAAACAACCAGCUACGAUGAUUCAAGUAAGUCGGAAACCGUAGAUAAGCUGUCCAUCGAUUUGAACUUGUCGAACAUAUUUUCGGCAACGACGACGACGACCAAAGCGGCGGCUGCGGCAUCAACGGCUCCUUCGUCGGACCCAUCGGAUGAGAAGGAAGUCAAAUCGGUAGAACCGCUCAAAUCAUCCAACGAGAUAUUGACGGAACUGUUCAAGGUUUUCAAUGCUGCUCCGCCGGAAAUAAUCGAUGACGAUUCCAACGACGAUGGCGAGGAGAAGAAAAAGAAGAAGAAACAUAAGAAAAAGUCCAAGAAGAAGAAAAAGGGCGGAAGCGACAAGGGAUCUUCUUCCGCUUCGGAUACCCAGGAGGAAGGAGAGAUUAAACGAAAAAUAAAAAAGAUCAAAAAGGAAAAGGAUAAGGACAAAGAAAAGGAAAAGGAGAAGCACAAGAAGAGCAAGACGAAGGAGAAACAUAAGGAAAAGACGGAACGAAAGGAGGAGAAAGUGGUGGUAAAAUCGGAAAUGUCAUCCGUGGUGGUCAAGAAGGAACCCAAGGACGACUGGUAUAGCUCGCGAGAUAGCCGGGAAUCUUCUAGGGUGUCUAAGGAUUCUCACCAUCACCACCACCACCAUGAGCAGCAACGCUACAGUUCACGUGACGAUUAUUAUCCGCGGAUUAAGCAGGAAAAAGAAGAUCGUUCCUACAGAGAUGCAACGAUCUACGACAAGGAACGCGAUCGGGAGCGGGAACGUGAACGCGAAAGGGAGCGUAACCGAGAAAAAGAACGCGAGAAAGAGGAUCUCAAAUCAUCGAGAAACAAAAUUCAAAUCAAGAGUCUGAAGGAUAGUGCUGUAUUCAAGGAGGCAGCUUCCCGUGAGAAAGAAAAGGAACGCGAGAAGGAAAAGGAACGAGAAAGAAUGCGGGACAGAGACAGGGAGAGGCGGAAUGGCCGUUCCGAUUCGAAGGAAAUGAGGAAAAGGCGUUCGGAAUCAGAACUUUCGUUGUCGGAUGAAGAACCGUACCGGCAGGGUCGGUAUUAUGAUUUCUAUCAGAAGAAGUACAAUUCAUUCUACGCUAGUUAUAAGGAGGAAGAUCACUACAGAGACCGGAAGAGGAGAAGAAGCGAGGAACGGGAUAGACAACGGCACAGAUCCAAAUCGAGAUCACGUUCUCCGCAGUUCGAUAAGCAGAAGUUGUUGGAAAUUGCCAGGAAAAAUGCGAUAUCGAUGCUUAAGAAGGGGACACUUCCUGGUGCUCAGGGGCUUGAUAAAGAAUCUAAAGAGAAGUUAAUUAUGAAGAUGAAAACAAGCGGCAAGAGUAUCGAGGAGCUGACUGAGUAUUGUAAAAAGAUUUCUGACAAAGAAAAUUUGAACGAGCUAUCGAGUGUCUCCUCUGAUGAUAGUGAUCACGAUGCAGAAGGGGGAUCGAAAGCAUUCCACCAUCCCUUCCAGAUCAAGGAUCCUGGUCCGAUUGUGAUGAACAUUAAAAACUCGGUUCCGUUACAGCCGAAAACGGCAGAACAAUCGAAAGCUCUCAUGCUGCAGUUUCCAGUUUCUUCUGGUGCACAACACAAAAAGAUGGAAAGUGAUUGGAUGCCUGUGGAACCAAAACCUGCGGCACCGGUUGCAGUCGUCCGGCCCGAAAAACCGGUGUCUAAAUUCCCACCAACAUCCGCUUCGUUUGUUGCAGCGUCCGAGAAACAACAACCAGCGUACACACCGGUUAAUCCACCUCCGGGGCCGCAGGCUCUGCCUCCGGAAUUAACACAGCCUGGUCCAUCAACCGCUCCAGUUGUACCACCCGUUCCGGUACCAGCUGUGCCAGCCAUUGAUACAUCAAUACCGGCAAUAAUGCCAGCUCCAGGUCCCUCCACGGAUGCUCCAACUGUAUUUCCCACCAAUGCGGAAGCUAACAAGUUAGAUGUUUCAACCAUCAUAUCCAAUCGUUUGAAUGCCAUGCGCAAACUGCAAGACAAUCCAGCCGACGCUGAAGCCAUCAAACUGCUGUACAAUACCCAAAAGGACAUGUCCGCCUGGGCAUCCUCCAAAUUCACCCCAGGGCAAUUCUGCGGAUCUACCGGUGUUCAGUGUUUAACGCCCCGAGAGCUCGCCGAAGGAUACCAACCGUGGGCUAAACGAGACUCAAUGAAACAGACCGCCCCGGUUUCCGGCGGAAUGGGAAUGCACCUUCUGCAGAAGAUGGGCUGGGUUCCCGGCGAAGGUCUCGGUAAGGAGAAGAAUGGCUCGCUCGAGCCGCUUCUCCUAGAUGUCAAACUGGACAAACGUGGCCUGGUGGCCAGCGCGGAAGAUCACCAGCGACAGGUGCAGUUCCAAAUCCAACAGCAGCACAGUGGCCGACGGGCACGGUUUAUGAGCGUAAAAAUCAAUACCGAUGGGAAGCAUCCCGUGUCGAUCCUGGGCGAGUACUGCAGCAAGCGAAAAUGGAUGCCUCCGCGGUACGAUCUGGUGCACGAAAGUGGCCCUGGACAUGCGAAGAACUUCGUAUUCAAAGUGAUCGUAAACGGAUUGGAGUAUCAACCGGCCAUUGCCAACAACACGAAGAAGGAAGCCAAGGCAACGGCGGCCAAGUUUUGCCUACAACAGCUGGGCAUUUUGCAGUCGUAAAAGGGUAAGUGAUAUUUGACUUUCUUUUCAGCCACCUGUCUUCGGUGUUGAACUUCCUUUUCGCCGGAUGGCUCUCGUACGUGGAAAUGAUUUGUGAGUUGUCCUACCAAGCCUAAGUGAUGUCACUAUGUGAAACAGGUAUUGCGUAAAGUUUUCACAACUCCUUAAUAAACUAAGCUAGUGUUAAUCAUCAUUGA